AUGCAGAGCACUUCUCAGCGGCCUCGUGUUGAUGUAAAUGAUGGAGAUGCUGGAGCGGUUCUUGUGGGGGCUCCUGGUUCUAAGAAUCACGCAAGCCUUCCACAAGAAGAGGAAAGGAGCAUGCGAGAGCGUCUUGUAGCGCAAGGUGGCGCGCCAGUGAUCGCUUCGAAUGAGGCCGAUAACGACGACGAAGGAGAAGAAACAGCUGGGGUUGAUGUUAUGACACCAUAAGUACUUAGAUGAAGCUAAGUCUCUCUUUCUUAGUAAGUUAGGUCCCUAAAGUUUUCAAGAGAGAGAAGGAGAGAAGAGAAACCUAAAGUUUUCAAGUCAGAAAGUAUUGAACUGACUUGUAAAGGUUCAUGUAGUUACGGCGACCGCUUCUCGUCUUGGCGCCAUCUCUAACAAAACCUCAAGCCGCCAAUUACUCACGAUUCCUCCGACCCAAAAAGAGCUCGAAGCUGAUAGUACGGUGACAGGCAGAAGUAUGUUUAUCGAUAACCUCUGGCGCCUGACUGCCGACAUGUUUUCGUCUGACACGGAGUACCUAAACGUCAUUGGCCGUGCCAUUGUAGGAAGUGCAGAGUGGGAUGCAGAAAUGGAAUACACAGGUUGUGGUGGAGAGGAGGAAGAUCAAAUGGUGGUGGAACAAGAUGAAGCUACUACUUCUUCUUCUGUGGAACAAGACAAAAGCAAGUACGGCAAGGGUUCAGGAGUGCAGAAGAAGGUUCUACUGUUGCGCGCGUCUGCUUCUGCGGAACGUAGGAGCAGUACCCUAGAAGGCGAGGAUGGAAGCAGAGAUGCCACAGCUCGAGGUGAGUCUCCGUUGACAUCAUUUAAUCGCAGGAACCGAGGAGACUACAGGAACCGAGGAGAUGAACAAGUAGGCUCAGAGGUUUUAGAGGAAGCCACAGGCUCAGAGGUUUUAUCGUUGAAAAGAAAGCAGAUGAACUAUGUUGUUGAAGGUGGACCUACCACAGGAGAUGCUAGAAAAAAAGUGCGAACCAGUGCGACGCGUAGACCAGUGGUGGUUACGUCACAACUUUGUCACUUUUCAUCUAAGCGGGUCUACCAGAUAGAUUAUCAUAGUUUUUCCUUACUACAAGAUGCAACAACGUACUCUAGUGUAGACUACUAGAGACCUAAGGUUCUAAUAAUGACUUGAUUUCACGACCGUGUAAGAGACCCUGGGCCAUCAGUGCGUUUGGGGAAGUGGAGCACGGAGCUUUUUACAAUAAUCCUUGGUUUUUUCGCGAGUUAGCAGUUCGGUGUCCACAAGCCUUCACUCUCUCGCGCAAACUCCGCGAACGCUUUCUGCGAAACUUUAAGGCUUUGGCUUGAUGGACUUUGUUUUGAAAGAAUUGGUUUGUUCAAAGUUGAAAUGAUAUAGAUGCUGAUGUCGGACUUAGUUGUUGUUGUAAUGCAGCUGAGUACUUCAAGUAUACUUGUUCUCGCUUAGCACUAGAAGUUAGUGUAAUCCGUGAAGAUGUAACAUAGAGAUUCUGACUCUAAUUUCUUUGCGGGGAGCGAAAGCAGGCGUCCUUCAAGUACCAACGUGCAGACAGGUGGUAGUGCAGGGUCUUCCACCGAUGCGCCCAGGCCGCGGGGAAGCGCAGGGUCUUCCAGUAAUAGUGCAUCCUUGCAGAGGGACAGUGCAGGAGGUAGCGGAUCUGCCCCAGGUAGAAACUAAAGUAGAAGAAAAUAUGUGAGGUCUGUAACUGCUGUAUGCAAAGGGGUCUCUCUAGAAAAUGGCGCAGCAGGACCACUGUGGCCUAUUCGGCGCACCUCUUCCCGGCCAAGGCUGUCCGUCUGUUUCUAGACGCGCGCAAGAAGUUCAGCGCCCUCCUGAUAGUUCAAAGGAAAGCCCUGCGCGCGGAGGAGAUACCGAAUAAGAGACGCCCGCGGGCCAUGACUGGCCUGCGGGGUCUUCCCACCGAGGGCGACCGGGGCCAUGACGUUGGGACCCGGCGCCGAAUGCGAUACGGGUGCCGGGCUUCGGGCCGAACUCGUGCGGAGAGUAGGCCCUUCCGUUGAGGGCUUCUGCUCGAUCAUUCGGCAGCCAUUGGCUAAUCUUAUUACCGGCCAUCCACUCCGCGGGAAGGCAGUCGUGGGCAAGAUUCUGGCAGAUGCUAGGAGAAAAGACGCCGUGGCCUUGGCGAAUGCCUUCCAGCUGGCGGCCGUUCGUGUGGAUUAUCAAGGCGGCGAGCUUCCAAGUGUCCAGCAGUGCGAUGCGUAUCAUAUGGAUGCGGUCGGGAACUGUACCAAAGUGCACGCCUGCGAAUUCUGGGGGCUGCCGUUGCCUCCUGGCGCGGUUGGCACUAUCAUCGCCGCCGGCCCCGCUGGGAAUUUGUUGACCCGCCUCGCUGUCUCUCAUGUUCUCCGCCAUUCGUGGCAAAGCAUCGCCGAAGGGCGCCACAGGACGCAGCGGGCUGGCUCAGUUUGUGCGUGGAAGUUGGCCCCUGGGAGUUUGUCUUGCGUGAUUAUCUAGGCGCCACGGCUUACCGGGUGCCUGCGGGUGGGGUUCGUUUACUUUCGCGGAGAUUUUGGCGAAGACUUCGCGGCGAUCAUGCUACGAGCACAGUCAGCCCGCGGAGGGGGAGGGUGGGGACCAUGGCGGCAGAAACCGCGCCCACCGGUUUGCGGCUGGGUGGCCUGGCGUAAAGCAGGCGCCGACGUUAAGGCGGAGGCGGCGGCUUUCGGGCGGGUCCCUUUCGUCAGUCGCGGCACUUAGUGAGCCACCAACCUGGUGGCGGAAAGUGGAGCCGCAACGGAAAGCACUACUGGCCACGCGUUGAGGGAUUGAACCACGAGGAGAAAACGGGGGCGGUGUGCGAUUGUGCCGCCAUGAUUGAAAUCGCGCCCACUUACUGGCUGCCCAGUGAAGUUGUGCGCGCGGGGUUGGAGACGGUUCUGAAUGAUUUGGGGCCACCUCUACAAAGUUGGCGCAAAUUUCCCGAGCAGGAAGCCACGACGAUGGCGGCCCGGGUCGUAAUGAUGGACGCCAGUUGCCACGCGGGUGCUUGCAGGCGCCGGCGGUCGAAGGCGGAGGCGGCGGGCGUAAAGCAAAGCCGCUGGCGCAGGGGAGGGCGGUGCGCCCCGAUGUCACCCAGGGCCCUCGCGUGCUUGUCAGUAGUUGCGGCUUCGGAUAGUUAGCGGCCCCACCUUUUCACAAGAGCGCUCACACCAAUCCACGCCAAGAGACAGAAAGCAACGGCGAAGGCACUACGCUACGAAGCGUGGGGGGGUGUCCGUUUGAUUGGUCGCAGCCGUUCGCAUGGUGUCGACUCUAUUGGAUACCGCGAAGCGGUCCAGCAUGCAGAACGCUACGCAGAAGCUCUUGGCCUGCGUUCUCUUUCAUAGAUAUGGACGACAAAGAAGGAGAAACACCGAAAGAGCUUCAUAAAGCUCCCGCCUCGGUUUUCUUGCUCUAACUCUUCGGUCAUGAAUUUGAUCGACAGGCCUCGGCGAUGGGAUGGCAUCCCGCCGCACUUGCUUGCUUGGUUCGUUUGUUGCAUCAUUUUCACCGUGGCCACUACCACCAUCCCCGUCACCCCCGUCCACCUUUCUGAAAGCAGUGCGCUAAAUUUUGUAACCCGUGGCUCUUGACGUAUUAUUAAUUAUUAAAAAAAGAGAAAGUAGAGAAUGGGAGCAAAUCAUGGCUCUCAAACUAACAUCGAUCACAGCUGCUCCCGCGAUAGCACGAGGCGUCUUGGCUGGCCCUAGCGCGUGGGUGCUUGCGGCCAGUUGUUUUGCACAGGAAUAUCAACAAAUUGGGGAUAUUUUGCGGAAGCAUAUCGAGAGUGGGGCCUUGGAUAUACGGCCACCACAGGCAACGUUCUCUACAUCGGUGGAGACGGCCGCUAUGCGUCAAGCGACGGCAUCUUCUACUUCUUCUAGCAGUACUGCAACUAACACUCCUGGUCCUGCAGUUCCGCUUCACCGUAACAAUUAUAGAAGUGCAAGUUCUUUAACUUUAUCAACGACAGCGUCACCCUCCUCAGCUAGGACAACAACUUCAGGAGGUGGUAUUUCAACAUCCUCACCACGUCGGUCACCACGUAGUUUCCCUGCUGCUCGUCCGGAUAGUACAACAAGUCAUCUGGCGCAUAACAUAGUAGAACAACAGCACGCAGUGUCACCUAGAACUUCUUCUACUCUGGUAACAAGUAGAAGUCGUUACCCCGUCCCUCUUCCUCCUGGACCAGGCCAUCCAGGUGCUCCAGUUCCUCCAGGAGGCGUUGCUACAACAGGUGGUCUUCCUGGACCAGGCCAUCCAGGUGCUCCAGGACCUUCUUUGCCUGCAAACGGAGGAGGAAGAGCUGUGACUCCAGGUUCUGAUGGAGGUCGUGGUGGGAAUCGUGUGAGAGCUUCAUCUGGAGUAGAUGGCGCAGAACUACGGGAACGAGAGCCUACCGCUUCUCGGCACUUUGCUAAGAGUGGAGCGGCAAUGGCUCCGUUUCGAAGCACGAAUUUCUAUGAGCAUCUUCUACACCAGCAAGUAGUGCAGCAAGGACAACCCCAAGGAUUACAGCCUGAAAGCUUUUCCGCUUCAGCUUACGUGGCACUUUCUACAACUGGCCCAUCACAGCAGCUACAAUCGCAGCAGCAACUACAGGGUCCUCCUAAUAUUAUGGGUACUAUGCUGGUUAAGGGUACAAGAAAUCGCCCAUUUUCAGAGGCAUCUUGGUCCCGUUUUUAAAGGGAAAAGGAGACUCAGAAUGCUUCUGAGGAUGGAUUUCCAUUAUAGUUCUAAUUUGGGCAGUAGUACCAGAACAAGUGCUGCGACUAGUGCUCCUGUACAGGCGCAAGGAGUACAGCAGCAACUCCAGUUUUCUCAAAAUGCACGUCCACCACGGGUGAUACCUCCACCACCACGUCAACAUUCUGCUGGAGGUCCUACUCCACGAGGACUCAACAUGGGACACCCUAACCAGUUUCCCGAUGCACCAUGGCGUGCCCGACCGGCAGCAGGUGGUCGACCUUUUGUCGUUCCGCCGAGGAGACUCGGGGCUGGGAUUUACCGUGGACACUAGGAUCUUAGAGUUUUCACAGGCUGUCGAUUACUGUCAGAUGAUAGUAAGGGUGGUAAAAAUUACUUGAAUGAUGUGAAGUCUAUACGCUAGUUAUUAGCGGAGACUCGUGAUCAAUCAUGUUUCACUGAUCGUAUAGAUGCUUGUCUUCUGAAAUAGUAUUCAGUCCGCGCGUAAUUACGUUUUAUGCCUAAAUUGAGUGGUUACGAAUAGCACUACAUCAUUUGGGAUUGCAGAUCAAAAUUUUUGAGACGUUCUUGUUUCUUAGUAGUAUCUACAUGUAUAAAUAUAUGUACCAGGAAGGGAGGCCCCCCCUGUUCCUAUAUUCACCUGGAAAAAUGUACCUACUACUUGGUGCAGUGAGUCGCUUCUUUGAUUGUUGCAGUUUCUUUUGAAGAAAGAUGAAGAUUUAGCCAUCUGACUUACUAGUUUCCAACAUAGUACUAUAGCCUCUUCUACGCAAAUGCACAAACAGAAAUUUGUUUACAGGGUUGUGAUUCGGUCGCUUGGUGUAGCGAGCCGCCCUAGUUAUGGGUACACCCUGUGUCUAUUUUAUAGCACUCUACGUGUGAAGGACAAAAUAGAUUAUACACCUGAACAAGCACUGCUCUCCACCUACUCGCUGUGACAUGGUCGUUUUGUGAAGAUUCGCGCCUUUUGCAAUAUCAAAAUAAGUUACUUCCAGUCGCAU